CUCACGCUGUAAAAUGGAGACUAAAAUACUGCUACUCGCAGUCCUUGUGGCUGGAGCGCUGGCAGGACCAAUUAAUGUUCGAUAUGGAAACGAUAACACAAUGUGUGCACAGAAAUGCACAGAAUCCUCUAAAUUUAGAUAUCGACCCGGAAUGACCUAUGAAUUUGAUUAUAAUGUACAAACUCUGACUACAAUGGAAGGUGCUGCAGAAGAAAAGGCAACCCUGGGACUCAAAGCAACAGCUCAUGUUGAGAUCCUCUCUAAAUGUGAACUUGCUCUUCAGUUAAGAGAUGUAAGAGUUUACCAAUCGGAUCCAACCACAGCCAUGAAACCAGUUGACAGCUCAGAAUUCAGAUCCGCUCUCGAAUCACAUCCUCUUAGAUUUGCUUUCCAAGAUGGUGUCGUGGAGGAACUGUGUCCUGAAUCUGGUGAAACUUCCUGGGCUUUGAACAUCANACGUGGUGUCCUUUCAACAUUCCAGAAUGCUAUGGACUCUUUUGAAAGCGAACAGUCAGUGCAUGAGCCUACAAUAAGAAAAGUUCGAAGACUAGGUAACUAA